AUGUCGUCCAUCACCCCUCCUCACGCGCCAACCGAGGCCGCCCUCGAGUCUCUCCGGGAUGAGUUGAAAGGCAACAUGUUGCCAAACGUCCAUGGCUUCUUUGCCAAGUAUUUCGAGGGAAAGUCGUGGUCCACGGUGACGCAGAACAAAUUCCAAGAAACGACGUCGGCCAACAUGGUUGGCAAGUUGUCUGCCCGUGUCCCUGACCUUGCUCACUUGGACGUGCUGGUGGAAUGGCUUGCCGAAUUCCAGACGCUGUUUUUCGGCGUCGACCAAGCCAACUUGCGCUUCUGCAGCCAGCCGCUCAGCAACACGAGUAGCACGCCCAAGACCGCCAUCUACCUCGAGACAUCUGAUGUCCAGUCCGCCGCAGGCAGCAUCCGAGUGUUUGGUGAAUUCCAUCUGGACAGCGCCCCCGUCACGGCUGAUGACGACGACGACAUUCUGCGCUUCUGCUUCUGCGGCCCGGCACGUGUUCAAGGCCCAGUCGGCUCGAUGCUUUGUCCACGGAAACCGGAUCUGCUGGUGCGCGCCCUGGCCGGCUACACCUUGAUGACGGACGAGGAAGCGGGCUUCAACACCUUUGUAAAGCGCCGUACCCCUGAGUCGGACAGCUACGUCACAUUUCAUCAGAGCCACACGUUCCGCCUUCGGCCAGAGUUGAUGGCAACAGCCGACUACAUAGUCGGGCCCGGAACGACGUGCUAUGCGGCCUCGACACAGACAGCCGGGGAACCAGACACCGUCAUCAAGUUUUCUUGGCGAGAGGAUCAAGAACCCACCGAGGUCCGUCUGCUGAAGCUGGCGCAUGAGCGCAACGCCUGGGGUGUCAUCCAGCUCCUAGAUCAUCAGGACCUCGUGAGCGUGGCCCAUCUUCGCCAGGAGAUGGGCUUUCCUCGGCCGUUUGCCAACCGGAUAUUGUCCUGCGUCGCAACCACCCCCCUGGGCCGUCCGAUCCGACAGUUCGCAUCGAUUCCCGAACUGUUGGAGGCCCUGCGCGACCUUGUCCGGGCUCUUCGCUCUCUCUACGUCAAGGCGAGGAUUCUCCAUCGCGAUGUCGCCAUCAAGAAUUUAAUCAUUGCCCCGCACCGCAGCGCCGACGGCCCAAAGGGUGUCUUGCUUGAUUUCAACUUUGCCCUGGAUCUCGACAAUGUCCGUCCUGUGGAGCCCAUGGUCGGAUCAGAUGGCUUCAUGGCCAUUGGUAUUCUCUCCGGACAGCGGCACACGUAUCGGCACGACUUGGAGUCCCUGUUCUACGUGUUUCUCUGGAUCGCUAUUGCCAACGACGGUGUGCACGACGAGGCGAAUGACAUACUCGAGGAUAUGCCAAAGACGUCACGGCUGUGGAAAUGGUGCAGCAUGGACUUUGGUGCUGUUGGGCGGGACAAGGCCGCCGACAUGAGCCCCGAGGGCUUUGAAGGAAUUCUAGACGAGUUUUGCUCCGAUUUUGCUCCUCUCCGAGGUUUGGCCAGGGAAUUGCACGCGCUGCUGUUCCCCGUGCGUCAGGGCAAGAUUUUCACGGGUACCGACACGGACCCGGUGGCUGUUGAGAGGCUCCAUGAUGGGAUGGCGGAUGCGUUCAACCGGAGUGCCCUGGCGUUCCAGGGUUGA